GUGAACCGACUUCUGCGUGAUCCUUCCAGCCACCAGACACCCGUUUCGUAGCAAAAAGUAAAGAACCAUUUUUGGACCGAGACGUCUGGAAACCGCCUGAGUCGGAAGAACAUUGAUUUCUUGACACUCCUUAGAAGUAGCUGCUAAAUAGACGUAAAUUCAAAUGGAUCCGGAAGAUUACCCGAGUGACAGCGACGCCAGUGAUGAGGAUUUUCGUCCCGACAAGGUUGAAGACGACUCCGCUAGUGAGGUGGAUUCCGAUGAAAAUGUAGAAGGCCACGACGCAGAAGACGAUGGGGAGGAAUCUGGCGGUGGGAGGAAGCGAAAGCAGAAGACCAAAAAGACCGGUAACAAAAAAGCCAAGAUAGAGAAAGCUAAAGUUGAGGAGAAGAAAGAAUCCGCUGUGGGUGAAAAUUGUCAAGACGACGAGGACGAAGAACAAUUAACAGAUGCCCUUUGGGCGGACUUCUUAGCAGGAACAGGAAAUUCGAAUGGCUCAACGGCUUCUGAUUCUAAAACAUCGGUUCCGGCCAAAAAGGAACCACCUCGAAAAUCCACAGAACCUAAAAAAGUAAUAUCGGAACCGGACAAAGUUACGACGGUUACGAAAAUAUUUGAAUUUGCCGGAGAAGCCGUAGAAGUAAUAGAGGAAGUACCCAAGACUAACCCAGCAGCAGGUCAAUCAGCCAAACCGGCAGUAAAACCUGCCUUAGGAUCAUCCAACGGAAACGCCGGCCCGGCAAAACCAUUCGGAGGUGGUAGACCCGCGGGAGGCGGACUCGGAGCAGUAUUAGGCCAAAUUGGCAAAAAGAACAAAUUGAGCACGCUGGAGAAAACCAAACUCGACUGGAACAGCUUCAAGCGCUCGCAGGGAAUCGAGGAGGAACUGCAGACCCACAAUAAGGGUAAGGAUGGCUACCUGGAGCGGCAAGACUUCCUGCAGAGAGCGGAUGUGCGACAGUUUGAAAUUGAAAAAUCCUUCCGUCAGACCACCAGGAGCAAUCGAUAAGACUAAUUCCCCCGUGAGAAGCAUUGAAACUAUGAACCACUUGUCUUAUUCCCUAAUUAUCAGCUUAACAAUAAUCUGAAAUAUGUAUAUCGUGUUUCGGCUUAUGUAUGUAUUUAAUAGCAGAUUGUCUCAAUAAGUUUUAGCUCCGACUUGUCGCUUGCAUAACUUUGUUACUGCUUGAAUAUGAAAAAAUACAAAUGGUCACUAACAUAAAUCAGCUGCUUUAAAACUA